UGACGGAAAAUUUUAAUUAAUGGAAAGUAUUGAGGAAAAUAUAUGGGAUAGACCCUUCUGGGUGGCCCAGUGAUUUGAGCUUUGAACUUUCUUGCCAGCGAAAGCAAGGGGUUUGCAUUCUGGGUCGAGCUCAUUAAACCAAACUUGCUUAGUUUGCGAGCUAUUACAUAGAAGCGGUUUUAGGGUUUUACCUUGUGCGCACGCAAAGGAUGGAUUUUCUUGUCAUUAAAAAAAAAAAGCAACUACGACACAAUAUUUUAUUGUAGAAAACUUAAAAAAGUUCCUCCAAUUAAACUACAAAGAGAGAAAUAAAAAAGAAAUGCUUCUGGAUCUACUCAUUAUUGACUAGUGAGCGAGAUUUCAAAGGUAAACAUUAUUUGCAGAAUUAGCAUUACUGUUGAGGGCUGCUGCAAAGAGACGAAGACAAAAAAUGGGUGGUUUUGUUAAGCUAUUGGACUUGCUUCUUUUCAUCUACUUCUUCUUCAUGGCCAUUGUUGCACCACUUUUUGAUGGUCAAACUGCCCUUCCUAAACACAUUUUUCACCCUGUAUUAGUUGACCUAAAGAGCUGGUAUACUGAAGAAUGUGGUGAUUAUUUGGUUUCUGAGAAACCCCAUUUCUUUGUUGGGUUAAUCUGGUUGGAGCUUCUCUUUGCUUGGCCCAUCUGCCUCCUUAGUCUUUAUGCCAUUGCAGCUGGAAAAUCUUGGAUUAAAACUACCUCCUUGCUAUAUGGUGUUUCCACUCUCACUUCAAUGGUGGCAAUACUAAGUGAAAUGAAGAAUUCCGCAAAAGCAUCAGACAAGUUGUUGAUGGUGUACUAUCCAUUUCUAGGAUUUGCUGUUUUAGCGAUUUUACGUGGUCUUCUACCUCACUCUAGCAAGAGUGUUAGCAUUGGAAAAAUAUCCGCGAUAAGCAGGAAGAAGAGGGCUUAAUCUUUCAACUCGGAAGCUAGAAUUGAAGAGUUUAUAUUUCUUUUCGCAUUGAUCUUUCAAUUUCAACUCUAGAAACCAUAUCAGUUCUUUUUUCUGUUUCCCUAGCUAAUAUAAAGUUCUGAUGCUAUCUUGUGUAUGAGUUUUAAGGUCUCGAGUCCUGCACCAAACAAAUUAAAUUCAGUAUUUAAGUGGACAAGAAUAAAAGGGGCCGGACCCAUCACCCUUAAGUUUCA